AGUGGACUUGAAGGCCAAAAAAGUGAACUUAAGAAGUUAGCACUCACCAAAAUCAUUAAAGAUACACCUACAGUUCGAGAUUGGGUCUGGGUUCCAAAAUCAAUUGCGGAAUGGGAAGCUAUUGGAUUGUAA